AGCCUGAGAACUUGGGGUGGGCUCAGUGGCAGGCACUUAGGGGUCUGGAAAUUGAGGGACUUCAACCCACAGGGUUCAGCUUUCUGAAGGCAGGCUUCCCUUGGGAACCGCUACAGACACCAGAACAGAAGUAUUUGGAUAGUCAGUGGGAUGGAUGGAUGGAUGGAUAGACAGACAGACAAAUGGGUUGAUAUAGAUGGCUGGGUAGUUGGACAGAUGGAUAAAUGAUGGAUGGGGAGACAUGAAUUGGGUGGAUGGAUAGACAGAUAAACAUAUAGAUGGGUGGGUAAACAGGCACAGAUGGAUACCCAGAUAGAUAAGUGGAUGGAUAGGCAGAUGAUGUAGAUGGCUAGGUGGAUAAAGCUAUAAGGAUGGGUGGAUGGAUGGAUAGAUCCUAAGUCCACCUCAGUUUGUGGCUGGAAAGGGUAAAAACCAUUUCUCCUGUCAGGCUUUUGUCACAAUGAGACAUCUCCCUCACUAGGAAAGCACUGAGAGCUUUGAAGUUGGGUUGCUUGCUAAUUUAGGGACUGUAGCAGGAGAGGGGCUUUGGGUCUCUCCGAGUUCUUCGCUGGAGAAAAGCCUCCUGGCUAAAACUGCAUCCCUCUCAGUGAGCCUUAUCAGCAAGAUUCCCUCUCUCAGCCCCUGAGGCACAGCUGGUCUGGCAGGUUCUUAGAAAAUUGCUUUUGCUUCCUUUGAUUUUCCAUUUUCAAGAUGUUGUUAAAGAUGUUAAUAUUGAAUGUCCUUUAGUGUGAGAAAACUGAGUCUUGAAAGGAUUAAAUCCCUUGAUUCCUUGUUUAAUGCCAGUUUCUUCUCUAAGGCCAAGUAGAGACUUGAGAGUUUGGAGCCAGAAGAGCUGUCAUUUGAUCUCUGUGAGCCUCAGUUUCUUCACCUGUGCAUCGUGAGCUCCUUGUCAUCAAGAACCACUUUCUUUUCUUUGUAUCCCCAUCAUCCCACACCUCCUGAUCCUGAUCAGCUGAAUUGAGGAAGUCAGGAUACAGAUGACCCAUUAAAUUACCUUCUAGCUCUAACUUGACAGUGAUUCCAUACCUUCCCUGCCUCCUCCCCUUCUGGACCAGUUAUAGACCCUGGGCCCUAUCCUCUCUCCUCUGGUCUCUCCAGUUGUCUGUGCUAUCUUGGGUAGUUUGAAUUAAAGAAAGACUUUUUUUUUUUUUUACAGUUUUACAGUGCUUGCAUUCUUUGGCAGUAAUAUGCCUUAUAAUUUGAGACAAUUUCUGAUCUCUAUGUGUGGAUGCCACAUAAAUAGUCAGAAGACCUGAGUCUAGUCUUAGACGCAUGUAUGGCUGUGUGAGCUUGGGCAGCUCUCUUCACCUCUCAGUGCUCUGGGUUUAGAACUAGUUUCAAGUUAGAGAGUUUCCAAGAUUUAAUUGCAGAGAGAUGCUGCUGGCAUGCCUUGGCAGAGAGAGUGUCCUCACUUUUGAGUUCCUUAUGUCAAUUGAACUCACAAGUCUAGGCCUGAUUUGUAUUCUAAUGUAGCUACAUUUAGUUAAGGACUUUUAAUGAAAGAAAAAAUAGCUGAAUCUCAAGUGUAUCUUUAGCAACAUUUCUUGAUCUUUGACAAAUUUUUUGGUAUGAUGUUAUGACAAGCUUCAGAAGGCCAUGAAGUAGUUCACAUUGACUAGGCCAUUUGUGGUGGUGUGCACUUGAAAUCCUUGCGCCCAGGGGAAUAGGAGUUGGAUGGAUCCCUGGAAUUUCAGGCUUCAGCUCAGGGUCCAGACUAAGGCCAAUGCUGAUAGUGAACCCAUGGGAGUAGGGAACCAUCAGGCUGCUUAAGAAGAAGUGACCUGGCCCAAAUCAAGAAAAUGGAUCAGAUUGUUCAAACUUCUAUUAGAAUCAGCACUGAGAUUGGGUUUGUGGAUGUACCACUACACUUUCAGUCCAAGUAAGAGAGGGAGACCCAGCCUCAAAAAAGAAAAGUUCAAACUGGGUUUGUUUUGUUUCUAACAUCCUAGCACAAGCCUGGCAAAAAAAAAUACACCGAAAAGGAUCAUUUCAACUGUCCUAGAGUGAUAAGAAUCCACUGCUCUCUUUGCUUUAUCCCCUUGCUCCCCUAGAAGGCCCCCUCCCAGGCAGGACCUGCAGCCAGAUUUGGUUGGAGCCCAGUUGGUUAAAUGCUUAGGCCCUCUUCUUCUGUCUUCCCCUGGAUGUCUUUAUCAUCUAAGGCCACUUUUAAACAGGCCCCCACAUUUGGUGCAUGUUUUGGGCAGCGUUUACUACCACUGGUUUGAGGGAAAGAACUUCAUGUUCUUUUUCUUAGAAUUCUAAUGGUAUCUCCACACAGUGAGCACCUAAUUAAUACUUUGGGGCUGUCAGUUGAAGAUUUUUGCUUGAAGAUUUCAGUAUCUCACAUUUAUUUUCCUCCCUGCCUUUUUCUGUUGCAGUGAACUAGCAAUUUUUUUUUGGUCUCAAAUGUUUUUUUUUUUAAAUUAGGGGAGGCUUUUUCAACACCCUGGUAUGAUAGGAUUCUCUUUUGAGGAAGGAGGUAACGGAACCCAAAGACCUUGAGCAACCCUUACUAUGUAUUUAGUGGUUGAACCAGAAAUAGAAGCAGUCUCAUUGAUGUCCCAUUGGAUUUCCUAGCUCCCUUGCAAAAAUAUGCCUCUGUGUAUAUCUAGAACCUGAACUCAUUUAGAUUGCUGUAAGAUUUCCAGAUUUGGAAAGGGGGUAUCAGGAGGAGUGGAAACCCAGGAUUCUAAACAUGAAGCUGUUAAAUUGAUAUCAAAGUUUCUAUUGCCUCUUGGAGCCAAGUUCCACUUUGCUACAGAAUAGAACAAUGCAAGGUCAGCUCAGUCAGAAGGAAGCUCCCACUUCAGUUGGCCUUGGAUGAGGCCCUGGAGGCAAUGUGCCCUUCUCAGAGGAGGAGGUGAUGGCCAUCAGCCAGCAAUGGCUGGAGUUUGCCUCCUCCCCCAGGCAAGAUCCUACUAGGACCUGCACUUUUCUCUGAUCAGUAAAAGUAUUCUUCUUGGCUCCCCAAUUCACAUCCCAGGGAGGCUGGCAGUUUGUUGUCCCCCAGAAAUGCCAUCAGUGGGUGUGGACACUCCCUUUACUGAUGCACAUCUGUGACUCCUAGAGAGUGUGUCCCAUCAUGAUAAGCCUUCAUGGGUCCCUUUGCUUUAGGGUUUCUUUAAAUAUUGAAAUGUUUGACUUCACUUUUUCUGAACAAAUUGAGCAUUGCAUUGAAUUUUAGGUCUUGAAAGAGAAUUGAAAGAACAUCUAAGCAAAACUCCCUUUUUUCCCCCAAGUCUUGAGGAAUCAGUGACUUGUCUGAAGUCACACAGUCAGUGGCAGAAUAGGAAUUAGAACACAGCUCUGAGGUAGCAGGGUCACAUUGUGUAUAGAACAGCUGGUCUGAGACUGGAGGUCCUGGGUUCAAAUACGACUUCAUAUACUUCCUAGCUGUAUGACCCUGGGCAAGUCACUUGAUCCCCAUUGUCUAACCCAUGCCCUUUUGUCUUAGAAUUAUGACUAGGACAGAAAGUAUGGGUUUUUUAAAAAAGUAGAACCUGUGCCUUGCCGAACUUUCCAAUUAGCAAAGGUUUUUCAAAAAGUUCUUUGGUUAUCCUAACUCCCUUAACAACCUUAAAUAUGCAGCUCCCACUUCCUCUCUCCCUUUUCGGUUGUUGGUGAAAUAUGAGAAACUAGAAAACAUCAAAAUUGUAGUUCACUUCUGGGUAGCUAAGAGAUGAUGGGGCAAAACUGAGGCUCUCAGCCCUGAGAAUUUAUUUUGUGGGCCAAAUGUGUUGCUAUGGAAUUAGACCUGUGAUGGACCCACCUUUGAAGCAUGGAAUUGCCUGAACCAAGAUGCUGGCAAGAAGAGAGAGUCACUCACUUUGUGUCCAGGCUCCAUAAUGCCACAGAACAAUGAAAGGCCAGCGAAGAGCUCUGCUCAGCAGAAGCCCCCUGCCAGCUGUCUCGGAGAAAUGGGCAUCUGGGUUUGAGGGCUUUAAGAAGUUCUGCCUUUUCCACUCCAAGCAGGAGACCCGGAGCACCUGGCACAGGCUCUACCGGUCCCUUCAGCGUCGGAGGAAGGCUCUUCGGCUCCAGAGGAAGCGGGCCCAGAAAACAGCCCUGGCGAGUAAGGGCUGGGCCACCCUGGCUUCUCCCCAUAGUCACCCGGGCCCUGGCACUGUGAGUCCCCACAUCCGGGGGCACCUCGCCGGAAGCCUGCCAGCAGCUGUGGAGAACUCUGCUCGGGAAUGCCAACCAGAGGAAGAGCUCCACAAGGCAGCAGCUGGCUUGCCAGUGGGCAGUGUGUUAGGUCAGGCCAAUGGUUGCAGGCAGAGGCCUGAACACCAGAAUCUGGGUGUGCGUAGGAUAGCCAGUGGAGAGGGCCAGCUUGAGAGCAGCCCCACCUUAGUCACCUUGAGCAGCCGUCAGGGAAAUGGUCGUUUCUGCAGCCGGUAUCCAGGGCUGGAGCCAAGCAGAAUGGAGCCCGAGCAGCCGUCCCUAAUUGUGAGAAGGCCCCAGCUCGGUCAGCCCCGGGGGAAGAGGAUAUCGCUGCUUCGGCUGUACAAGAAACUGUCUAUGAUUAGGUUUCGGUAUAGGAUACUGCGAUCCCCGAAGCUGAAAACGAGGAGCAAGGCCUGUAAGCUCCGAAAAGCCCAGCAGCGGAGCUGGGUACAGAAGGUCAUCAGGGACCAGCAAGAGAACCAGCAGGAAGGCUGCCAGGGAGGCACCUGGGACCAGCGAGAGAACCGGCAGGAAGGCUGCCAGGGGCCCCCCUGGAGCUCAUUCCCUUACUCAGGACCUGGCAGCCCCUCUCGCCUCCAGCAGCCUCCCUUCCCAGAUAUGGACUGCCCUGCCUCAGGACCCACAGCAAAGGGGAAGAACUUGAACCCAUCUGCUGGCCCACCGAAAGGAAACCCUGGGUCCGGCCCAGAGUCUUGUGGAGGGGAGACGCUCCCCAGCCAGCAGAACAGCAAUGGGGCACAUGGUUGGGACCCAUCAGCCUUCACAGCACUGACCAGUGAGAGCCUCUCCUCGGAGCAACACUCCAGGGACCUUUUCAUCUCAGAAACUGAACCAGAGACUGUCACUGUGGGGCAGGAGGACCAGGUGAGAGACACUGGGGAAGACAAGGUCAAGCUGCCCCUGCCUGGCCCAGCGGAGAAGGCAGUCAGUGGUAGCGAGGGCCAGGGGCCGGUGACUGUGUCCACCAAGACCGUGCAGGUCCUGGGGAGCCCAUGCCAGAUGGAGGCCGUGGCUCCCCGACACCGGAACAUCCAUAGUGCCAAGUUACUGGAUCAUCCCUACUGUAAAAGUCCCCUGGACGCUCCCUCCCAACAAACUGGACUCAAAGGGGGACGUCAAGUGGGAGGCGGAAAGAGUGGUCAGAAAAAGUCUACGGUGAAGGAUGAAGAUCUUUCCUCCUGUCUCUGUGGAUUCCUGGAUGAGGUGAUGAAGAAAUAUGGCAGCUUGGUCCCCCUCUGUGAAAAAGAUGUUCUCGGAAGACUGAAAGAGGUUUUUAAUGAAGACUUUUCCAAUAGAAAGCCGUUUAUCAAUCGGGAAAUUACUAACUACCGGGCCAGGCAUCCAAAAUCCUCCACCUGCAACUUCCGGGUGUUCUACAACAGGCACAUGCUGGACAUGGACGACCUGGCAACGCUGGACGGUCAGAACUGGCUGAAUGACCAGGUAAUCAAUAUGUAUGGUGAGCUGAUAAUGGAUGCUGUUCCAGACAAGGUUCACUUCUUCAACAGCUUUUUUCAUAGACAGCUGGUAACCAAAGGAUAUAAUGGAGUAAAAAGAUGGACCAAAAAGGUGGAUCUGUUCAAGAAGAGCCUUCUCUUGAUCCCCAUCCACCUGGAGGUCCACUGGUCUCUCAUUACUGUGACUCUUUCCAAUCGAAUUAUCUCCUUCUACGACUCCCAAGGCAUUCAUUUCAAGUUUUGUGUAGAGAAUAUAAGAAAGUAUUUGUUGACCGAAGCAAGAGAAAAAAAUCGCCCCGAGUUCCUUCAGGGUUGGCAGACGGUUGUUACGAAGUGCAUUCCACAACAGAAAAACGACAGCGACUGUGGAGUCUUUGUGCUCCAGUACUGCAAGUGCCUGGCCUUUGAGCGACCCUUCCAGUUCUCCCAAGAGGACAUGCCUCGCGUUCGAAGAAGGAUUUACAAGGAGCUGUGCGAGCGCCGGCUCCUGGACUGAGCCCCGCGGCCGCCGGGCCGCCGGAGGGCGUCGCUGUGCUCCGGACCCCCAGAUGGCUCAGACCGGCGGCCGCCAGCCGCUGGCGUUACCUCAGCUUGGUUUUUCUCCCCUGACUUGUUUCUUCAGCUACCUGCCAUGUAAUAUUUCUUAAUGUCCGGUUUUGUUCCUUUCUAAUUUUGUGGAUUUCUUUCCUGUAUUUAAUAUUUAUUAUAUGAGCGCAUGCACAUAGACCAAGCAUGCAGAGCGAAUAUUAAAAAUGAAAAAGCAACAAA